CUCUCAAAAAAGACGAGCCAACACCAACUCCGCCUCCUGCACCAACGCCGAAAACACCAACUGACAACGAAUUAGAGAACGCAGUUAUCAUAAAGCUGGAAAACCUUACCUUUAUACAGUGGAAUAAAGAAAACGAAGACAGGUUCAAAGAAGCAGUAGCAAAAGCUGUUACUGAAUACUGCGCAAUCGCAAGCCAUGACUGCGGCGCCAGGGAUCCCAACCGCGUCAUUAUCUAUACCGCUGACCAAGUCCAUCUAGUCCCAGACUUCUUAAAAGAGAACCCAAAUCAUUUAGCUUUCUACGUCAACCAGCCUCCUGGUGUUGGUCAGCCAGGCAAGUCAACGAUAGAGAAAGAUACUUUGAUCAAGAUUAUUGAAUCCCAUCAAGACGAUAUUGGGAAAUCCCUCAAUACGAGAGUUACUGAUGUACGACCUUAUAAGGAGCCAGCUCCAGGACCAAAAGAGACGGAUUAUCUACCGAUUAUUAUUGGGUCUGCUGUCGGGUUGGUCGUACUUCUGUUACUUAUACUCUUCGCUGUGUGGUUGCUUUAUCGAAGCAGAUCCAAAGUGGCCGCGACAGACAAAGGUGAACCGCUGACUGAGAAGGAAAUAAAACGGAUAAAACAUUUUCCUUUUGAGGAACUAGAAAUGCAAACUGAGAUUCCCAGGGCAAAUGCUGAAAACCGUUUAUCAAUCACGUAAAGUGACUCGCACAAUUUUUUCGACGCAUCGAUGGGAAUAUAUUUGUUAGUUAAAACUGGUUUCUAAUUAGUAUACCUGUGGUAGAUUCAAUCUCGUAUCAAGCACCAACCUGCUGACCAAAAAUAAAGAGGACUCUGGACUCGAGAUUGAGGUAGUUCGAGAAAGAAUAGUAGAGGUUAAACCUCGAACUCAGACUUUUCCCUCUGCAGGCAAAGGAAAUUGUUACGAUCUCGUUACCAAAUCACUAAACAAUAUUCUUUGAGUAGACUUUUCAUAGUUCGAUAAAAAAAUUGCAUUCUGGUCUAGCUUUGGGUACUAUCAAUACCAUAUAAAGCACGUGAACAGAAUAUGUUUGUACCCAAGGUAGACCACAAUGCACCAUGCAUCUUCACUACCUGAGAAGAGCCUGAA